AUGGCAGAUAAUUCAUUCCCAGACAUGUUCUCAGUCUAUGUGGAAGAUUCUGGAUGUAGCACUUGCACGUCAGAAGAUGAUAUGUGUUCAGAGGACCCACUACAGAGCACACCUUUGUCCAGUGUAUUAGUGGAUGUAUUGCGUGAAUCAGUAAUUAAAGAGGUGCUUGGUGUAAAAGAUGUAGAACCAGCCACAGUAAAGCAAACUAUUAGAGCAGAAGUGGAACAUGACAUUUCCUGCAGCAAAGAAGCUGUUGCAAGAAAUUAUGUUACAAAGAAUGAAAGCCAGUGGUCUGGGUCUGCAGAAGUAGACAGUUCAGGAGGGUCCGAUGUGAACAGCAUGGACUCUGGUCACAGUGGCUGUGGGCUGAGUGGGUCAGAGCACCACCUCAGCCAGCAUACAAGUUUGAAUUCCAAUAAGUCUGAGUUUACAGUUUGGGAGAUAGAGGUGCCAAAGCACCUUGUUGGUCAUUUAAUUGGUAAACAGGGAAGAUACGUUAGCUAUCUUAAGCUGAUAUCUGGUGCCAAGAUAUACAUAACAACUGUGCCUUGCACACAGGUGUUUCAGAUCUGUCAUACAGAAAGUUCGCAGCAGCAGGUUGACAAAGCACUGACUUUGAUUGGGGAGAAGUUCAGAGAACUGGAUCUAAUCAACAUCUAUGCACCACAACGCUCACUGACAUUACCAUCUCUGCCUAUGAGUUCGUGGCUGUCACUUCCAGAGGGUGUUACAGUAGAAGUGAUUGUCGUGAGUGUAAUCAGUGCUAGACAUGUGUUUGUUCAGCAGCACACCCACCCUACAUUCCAUGCACUAUGCUGUUUAGACCAUCAGAUGCGUUUAUGUUAUUCUUAACCUGGAAUACCAGCCAUGCCAGCACCAGUAGUUGGCAUUAUUUGUCCAGCUCCUGCAGCUGAUGGUGCUUGGUGGUGGGCUCAGGUUGCUGCCUAUUACAAAGAAAGCAAUGAGGCUGACAUUAGAUAUGUGGACUACGGUGGUUAUGAAAAAGUUCAACUUGAAACACUACACCAGAUCAGGUCUGAUUUUGUGACCCUGCCAUUUCAAGGAGUAGAAGUACUACUUGACAACAUUGCACCCCUUCCAGGUGAAGAUCAUUUUUUAUCGGAAGCUGAUACUGCUCUGGUUGAAAUGACAAGAGGCUGUUCUCUGCUUGCGCAGGUUACAAAUUAUGAGAGCUCCAGUGGUUUGCCUUUAAUACAGUUAUGGAAUAUAAUGGGAGACGAUAAGGAAAAGCAAGCAGAUGACAGCAUACCACAGCCAGCAGGUCCAUCUGAUGGCGGACUUGAACAGACACCAUUAAUCAGAAAUGGUAGUGAUGAGGAACUCUUUAGGAGCCCGAACCAUGCAGCAGAGGGCAGUAUCAACAUACCCACAGAGCGGGGCACUGUCACUGAAGAGCCCACUGCCAUCAGCGUUGUAAGUGCCCUUAAAAUUCCAGGUGUGUUGGAGUUUUCCCUCUGCUUACUAUUUGCCAAGCUUGUCAGCUACACCUUCCUUUACUGGCUACCACUGUUCAUUCCCAACGUAGCACAUUUAGAUUCAAAAGGGGCUGGAGAUAUAUCUAUGCUCUUUGAUUUUGGAGGAAUUUUAGGUGGGAUAAUUGCAGGUAUAGUUUAUAACUACAUGGGAGGGAGAGCGACAACCUGCUGUGUGAUGCUCAUUGUAACAGCUCCCAUGUUGUUCCUGUAUAACAAUAUUGGUCAGAAUAGAAUUGGAACCACAAUUGCUAUGCUGAUUGUGUGUGGAGGUCUGUUGAAUGGCCCAUAUCCUCUCAUCACUAAAGCCAUCUCAGCUGACCUGUUUCAGCUCCUGCUUCACAUCUGGAAUACAUUUUGGAUUGCACCUGGUUUCUACAACAAGCUUUCUGUACUUUUUAAGGGACCAAGAUGGGGACCAGGAAAGCUAAGACUGGGUCUUCCAGAGGAAAUUCCCAACGUUUGCUGUACUUUGAAAGUAGAACCGGUAUACCCGAAGAAGAAAAACAGUAAUUCUUCAGAUAUGGGACUGAUGCACAAUUAUCAGUACAAGCAGAGGUCAUUGUCACCUUUUCAUGCAAAUGUCCGAGAGCAGCGAACGAGACAUGGUGGUUACAUUGGUGAAACUGGUGGACUUUCAAAAGAAAAAGAGCGACCUUUGGAACAUUACAGUUUGCAUGAUGAGCAUUUAGAGGAAGAGUGGCUGUUGUUGGGCAUAGUAGUUGGAUUUAAGUUUUACUGUGACAAGGCUAUGCCAAUGGGAUGA